GGCUGGUGAAAGGGCAGUGGAGGAGAGGAGGAGAGGAGAGGAGAAGAGAGGAGGGGCAGUGGGGCAGAUCCCGACAAGUUUGCCACAGGACCGCGGUAGGACUCGGGGAGGGAGAGAGUGUCAGCACGGAUUUUAGAGGACGAUCACGUUAUAGUAACAACUGCAGGGCUUGUGUUUGCGUUUUCCCCUGGGGCUAAAGUUGCAAGGAUUUAUUUGACAGUUUACUGUUUUUUGCAUCUUGAACACUUGUAUGUAGAGACAUCACUUAAGGAGUUCCACUUUCAAAUGAUCAAAUCUUUCACAAGCUUUCACCUGAUCCUUGGAUGUGAUCAUGCCAGUGAGAAAGAAAGAUACACAGCGAGCGGUGAAACUCCUUGAGGAAUACAAGUCAAAACUAAAUCAGCCAGAGGAUGCCCAGCUUCAACACUCCAUCAACAGAGUUAUCAACAUAUUUCAGAGCUCACUCUUCCAUGCCCUGAUAGACAUCCAGGAAUUUUAUGAAGUGACCAUACAGCAGAAAAAGAAUGAGUCUUUAGAGUCUAUACAACCAGCAGAGCCUUGCCCUCCUGCAAAGAAUUUUAUGCCAGGAGCCUGCACUGUAAAGAAAUACAGAUAUCAAGAUGAGGACACGACCUCUCCUCCAGAACAUGGCUCGACUCGCUUGCCCGGGGACGUUCAGCCUCCGGAGCUGGUGCAGGUCUCAGAGAAGAACAUUUCCCAGAUCGAGAAUGUCCACGGCUUUGUUUCUCAUUCACACAUCUCUCCUAUGAAGGUAGAGUCUCUGGAGUGCGUUUUUGAGGGCUCAUCCCCAGUAGGAGGAGAGGAGGUGCCAGCUCCUGCCUUCUCCAUCCUAUACUCACGCAAUGAAGCGCUCAUGCAGCAGGCAGAUGUCGUUCCUCCCCCUGCUCCCAUAAUCCCUGUGAUCCCUAUCGCGCCGGUCCCAGCCGAGACCACUGUCAUCCCUGCACCCACGUCACAGGCAAGUCCAGCCCCGGUGUUGGUGAACACAGACAGCAUUGACACUUCUCCCUAUGUGAGCCCAUAUGUUAAUGGAACCGAGGCCGAUUAUGAAUAUGAAGAAAUUACACUUGAACGGGGAAACUCCGGGCUGGGUUUCAGUAUUGCAGGCGGCACUGAUAACCCACAUGUCGGUGAAGACCCAAGCAUUUUUAUCACCAAGAUUAUACCAGGUGGAGCUGCUGCUCAGGACGGCAGGCUCAGUGUAAAUGACUGUAUCCUGCGAGUAAACGAUGUGAACGUGAGAGACGUCACUCACAGCAGAGCCGUGGAAGCGCUGAAGGAGGCAGGCUGCAUUGUGAGGCUGUAUGUUCGAAGAAGAAAGCCCAGUGCUGAGAAAAUCGUGGACCUAAAGCUUGUCAAAGGUCCCAAAGGUUUAGGCUUCAGUAUAGCUGGUGGAGUCGGAAAUCAGCACAUUCCUGGAGAUAACAGUAUCUAUGUCACUAAAGUCAUCGAGGGAGGAGCUGCCCACAAAGAUGGACGACUCCAGAUUGGAGAUAAACUUAUUGCUGUAAAUGUUGUUUGCCUUGAAGAGGUGACUCAUGAAGAUGCUGUGGCGGCCUUGAAAAACACGAGCGAUGUAGUGUUCUUGAAAGUGGCAAAACCCACCAGCGUGUUCAUGAACGACAGCUAUGCUCCUCCUGACGUCACCAACUCCUAUUCUCAGCACAUGGAAAAUCAUAUCAGCUCCCCAAGUUAUCUGAGCCAGCCUACAACGCCAGCUACGCCUUCACGCUUUUCCCCCAUAUCCAGAGGCUUGCUGGGAGAUGAUGAGCUCACGAGGGAGCCUAGGAAAGUGGUUUUACACCGUGGCUCCACAGGGCUUGGCUUCAACAUUGUGGGUGGAGAGGAUGGAGAGGGUAUCUUCAUCUCCUUUAUCCUGGCUGGAGGGCCUGCUGAUCUCUGUGGAGAACUGAGGAAGGGAGACCGCAUCAUUUCUGUAAAUGGGGUGGAUCUCCGCAGUGCGACUCAUGAGCAGGCAGCUGCUGCUUUGAAAAAUGCUGGUCAGACCGUCACCUUAGUGGCUCAGUACAGACCUGAGGAGUACAGCCGCUUUGAAGCUAAAAUCCAUGAUCUCCGUGAGCAGAUGAUGAACAGCAGUAUCAGUUCAGGCUCUGGUUCGCUUCGCACCAGCCAGAAGAGGACGCUCUACAUCAGAGCCCUGUUCGACUAUGAUAGGACGAAGGAUUCUGGCCUCCCGAGCCAAGGAUUAAACUUCCAAUUCGGGGACAUUCUACAUGUCCUGAAUGCUUCAGACGAUGAGUGGUGGCAGGCACGCAAUGUCACCACAAGUGGAGAGGUGGAAGAGAUCGGAGUCAUUCCCAGCAAGAGAAGGGUGGAGAGAAAAGAGAGGGCCAGGUUAAAGACGGUCAAAUUCAACUCCAAGUCUCGGGACAAAGAGUCACUCAAUGGCAAGCGUAAAAAGCACAUCUUUUCACAUAAAUUCCUCUUCAACAAGAGCAAGGAACAGAGCGAGUGGGAAACAAGCGAUAUGGAGCAGCAUGUAACUUCUAAUGCCAGUGAUAGUGAAAGUAGCUCCCGUGGACAGGACGAGUAUGUUCUUUCAUAUGAGACUGUGGUUCAGCAGGAAGUGAAUUAUACUCGUCCUGUGAUUAUUCUGGGCCCUAUGAAGGACAGGAUCAACGAUGACCUGAUAUCGGAGUUUUCCCAUAAGUUUGGCUCUUGUGUCCCCCACACAACUAGAUCUAAGCGAGAAUAUGAGGUUGAUGGUCGAGAUUAUCAUUUUGUCAUUUCUCGAGAGCAAAUGGAGAAAGAUAUCCAGGAUCACAAGUUCAUAGAAGCUGGCCAGUACAACAAUCAUCUCUAUGGCACAAGCGUACAAUCAGUGCGAGAGGUCGCAGAGAAGGGUAAACACUGCAUCCUGGAUGUGUCUGGCAAUGCUAUUAAACGACUCCACCUAACACAGCUCUACCCGAUUGCUGUGUUUGUCAAACCGAAAUCAGUGGAAAAUAUUUUAGAGAUGAAUAAGAGAUUGACAGAGGAGCAGGCCAAGAAGGCUUUUGACAGAGCAACAAAGCUGGAACAGGAGUUUACGGAACACUUUACUUCCAUUGUGCAAGGGGACACACUGGAGGAGCUCUACAACCAGGUUAAACAGAUCAUAGAAGCUCAUUCUGGACCAUACAUCUGGGUGCCAUCCAAGGAGAAAUUGUGAGAUGGCUGAAGUCAGAGAAACCAUUUACCCACCUUUUUUUUUUUGUCUUUGCUCUUUUUUUGGGUGAAUUUAAAUAGGAAAUGCUCCAAUAUUCAAGGGCGUGUUUGUGAGAGUGGGCAGAUAUUGUCCAGCACAUCUCAUAAAGGUUCAGUUUUAAAGCUCUAUGUUUCUAGAUUUCAGGGAGAAGUAUUAUUCCUUACCAGGGCCUCACUGGGAGAUUAUAUAUUACAGCAUCCUUCAUUUUUAAGGCAGGUGACUUUACAGGUGGAAAAGAUUUGAAUGCAUACACUUGAAUUUUUGUUUGGAUUUUCUUUUUCAUAUAGCAGUGCAUUAAAAAAGUGCACUCGUGUACGAUCACUUGGAGCGACAUUUUGCACGUUUUAGCACUAAAAGCAUGUUUUGGAUGGUUCUGUUCUAGUUAACCUACGUUGAUUUUCAGUUUUCCUUAGACAUGUAUUUGAGCUACAUUAACCACAGUCACAAAGUCUUUUUUUCUUUUCUAUCAUACCGUAUACUCCCUUUGGUCUUAUAAAAAGAUCAAAACAUUUACCUUAUGCAACUAUCCAGCUUCUAAACUGCACAAACCGAAGGAUGGUUUACUGAUGACUGGCACAAUUUAUGAUCUCUGUUCAAGGAUUCCUGGAUGUUUUCUGCUGAUCAGGGUGUUUUUGAGAAAUUGAAAUUGAGGUUUACAGUGUCAUGGCUGCAAGUGUUUGUUUAAAAUUCAGGUGAAUGUGUAUUUUAGGACAUAAAUUCAGAAUGCAAAUCUUAAGAGGAUACACUGAGAUUUUAACAUGUAUUUAACCCCGAGUAUACUGCCUAUUUUGUUAUAAUAAAAACUCUGUAUAGAGCUCUACUUAAACUCUAAAAAAUAUAGGAAUAAUGAUCUUUAUAUUGAAUAAAUAUAUAUGGAAAAUAUAUAAAUCUAUAUAAAUAUAAAAAAGAAUAUAUUUUCCUUUACUUCACCAUCUCUUUAAUCUUUUUUUUUUUUUCAUGGCCCUCAGUGAAGACAUACCUGGGCUGAAUGGGCAGUUUUUCAAAUGCAGUUGUUAUAACUCAUUAUAGCUCAUUCUCCUCUGCCCUCUCUUCCAUGUGAAUCCUGUCUCACCUGGUGUGCAUGAUUUUAAAAGCAAUAGUAUUUAUAAAGACGUGUGUGUAAUCCGUACAAGAGCUGGAAUACGCCUUGGCAUUUUUUUUCCCAGCAGGAGUUGUGAUGAUGUCGGGUUUUUUGUUGAAAGUCAGCAGCUUGUCAGUCAGAAACCGUGUCCUUUAAACACAGUGGUCACUCUUAGCUGGACAUUGAGGCUGAGGCUCCUCUCAAACACAAGCCUUUAUUUCUCCACUGGAGGGCGCUCUCUCAGAAUCCAGCUCACACUUUCGUCCGCACUAGGAGAUGAUUGUUUGGACCCCAGCUUUCUAACAUAUUUUUGACUGGACAGUGUACAUAUUCUGAGCUGAUUCAUUCCAUUUGUCAAAAGACAACAAGUGCUAAUAAACAAAUCACACACUGUUUUUUUUU